AGAGCACCAUGUGUGAAUGGCGUUGCAAUGCCCUGGUCAAAGACAACAACAAAUAUAAUCCAGACACCUUGGAUUUAAACACCGAUGAGGAGGCAGCUCGAUAUUGGUUUCCCUGUUUCCAGGAUAUGAUUAAGAAAUUCGCACGUCAAGCGGAAAAUUCACAAAAAUCCCACGACGACACAGCCACCGAAAGGGCCCAGCAGUUCCGCGAAACGUAUUUACGAAAACUGGAAGAAUAUCGCUGCCAAACCAAAGAAAAUGCCGAAAAUAAUAAAACCCUUGGUAUCCGGGAGCUGCUGGAGUUAAUUGAUAAACAUUUAAGACUCUACGGGUUCCCAGAUCCUUGGCUGGAACAAAAGAAGACCGAAAAUACAGCUGCCUUAGAAUUGUUUGCGGAGCGUAUAGGCGAAAUAGAUGCCAUAGCAGAUUCCCGCCAACGGUGGACGGAAUUGGUGAAGGGUGUAUUGGCGGGGAAUAUGUUUGAUUGGGGAGCCCAAGCUGUAACAAAUAUCAUAUUAAAUGACAAAACGUUUGGUUUGCAUGCAGCUCUGGAACGUAUCCAGAAGAGGCCAUGGCUAAUGGAUGAUUUGGACAAAUGGCUGGAGCGGCUGCAUAAUGGUGGGGCGAUACACAAAUGUGCUGCCGUCUUUGUUGACAACUGUGGUGUUGAUGUGGUCCUGGGCAUUUUGCCCUUUGCCCGAGAACUCUUAAAGAGAGGAACACGUGUCAUCCUCUGUGCAAAUAAUGAACCCUCUUUGAAUGAUGUUACCAUAUCCGAGUUAUCCACGAUAUUGGAUAGCUGUAGUUGCCAUUGUCCUACUAUUAAAGAAGCACGCAGCAGUAAACUUCUGACCAUACAGGGAACGGGACAAAAAGGCCCCUGCCUGGAUAUGCGCACCCUGCCACAGGAUUUGUGUAAUGCCUUAAAUGAGACUGAUCUUCUUGUCAUUGAGGGUAUGGGACGGGCCCUACACACUAAUCUAUAUGCAAGUUUUAAUUGUGACACCCUGAAAUUGGCUGUGGUAAAGAAUAAAUGGUUGGCCCAACGUUUGGGUGGUGAUACCUUUUCGGUCAUAUGUCGUUAUGAACCACUGCUGCCACUGAGCUGA